GAUCGGGAGCUGCAGCUCGGGCAAAGGCUGUAACACCGGCCGGGGUUUUGUUUACGCGGGCUUUUUCUUGCAGAAUCGGCCCGGAGAAACGGAGGAGUAGCGGCUCCCUCACAGUGUUUAAAAAGCUCGUGUGUUUUCGCGGGCUUUUUUUUCUUGCAGAAUUAAGAAGGGCCAAUAAAAAAGAGGUCGUGUACAGCGGAGCGGCCAUUGUGCAGCGGCCCGGCUUCGGCAAGAGGCGAGGUAGUGGUUACAGAUCGGCAGAUAUGAUGUUGUGGCCGUCACUGAGACGUGGUUAAAGGAUGGAUGUCUUUGGGAGCUGAACGUCCAAGGAUACACGAUGUAUCAGAAAGAUAGGCAGCAGCUCCCCGAAAGUGUAAGGAUUGUGAAUCAGGAAGUGCGGGUAGUUAUCAUGGCUUCGAAAGGCCAGGUCGAGAGUUUAACCGAGGAGGCAAUUUGUCCCAUCUGCCUGGAUCUCUUCACCAAUCCGGUGUCACUGGAGUGUGGACACAACUUCUGCUGCUCCUGCAUCACACGGUGUUGGGAAAGGGAGGAGAGAAACUCCUGCCCGGAAUGCAGAGAGGUGUUUGCGGACCGCACCCUCAGGGUAAAUCGGGCCUUAGCAAGACUGUCUGAGAAACUUCGAAAAUUAAACUUGAAUCUGAAAGAGAAGGAAAGUAAACUUCACUGCGAGGAACAUCAGGAAGAACUGAAGCUGUUUUGUGAAACGGACAAGAAACUGAUCUGUGUGAUUUGUAGGGAUGCGUGGGAACACAGAAAGCACCGCUUACUGCUGAUUAAAGAAGCUGUUGAAGUCUGCAAGGAUCAGAUUAAAUCUUCCUUAGAAUCCCUCACAAAAAAGAAAUCAGAUUUCCAGGAAAUGGAGCAACAACAGAAAGAGAAGAUCUCCAGAGUUCAGGAACAGUCACACAGCCUUCAGUCCCAGACCACAUCCCAAUUUGCUGAACUGCACCAGGUUCUCACUGAGAAGGAGCAGCACUUACUCAGAGAUCUCAGGGAAGAAGAGGAGAGGGUUCUAAAUCCGAUGGAGAAAAAUCUUCGAGCGAUUCAAGAAAACUUAAAUUCUAUAGAGGAGGAACUCUCAAGGUUACAGGAACGGAUGAACCAAGAAGAUAGUGUGAUAUUUCUCAAGGAGGAGGCUCGUCGAAAGGAGAGGAUUGGCGAUGAUGUCCAGACAUUGUCAGUGACUGAUGGUUCCCUACCGGUUGAAAAAUUUGAUCACCCCCAUUUGCUGAGCACAGUGUUGGGAGAAAUGUUUGAUGCCAUUAAGCCAGUCUGCGUGACCCUGGAUGUAGGAACAGCGCAUCCGCGGCUCGAGGUGUCUGAGGAUCAGAAGAGUGUGAGGUGGACCCGGACCCGGAGGGAUCUCCCCGACACCAGGAAGAGAUUCACAGUCUGGCCCUGUGUGCUGGGAUCGGAGGGAUUCACAUCGGGGAGACAUUACUGGGAGGUGGAGGUGGCGGGGAGUCGGGUCUGGUGUCUGGGAGUCGCCGCAAAGUCUGUGGAGAGGAAGCGACGGGUCGGACUGAUCCCGGAGAACGGAUUCUGGACCAUCGAGGGGGAUGGUGACAAGUUUUCUGUGAACACCUCCCCUCGAUCCCGUCUCCCUGCCGGUCGCAUCGCCUGGAGGGUGGGAGUUUAUCUCAGUUACGGGUCCGGGACAGUUUCAUUUUACAGCGCGGACACCAAGUCCCAUCUCCACACCUUCACUGGGAAUAAAUUCACGGAGAAACUUUAUCCUUUCUUCUGGACUUGGGAUGGAAACUGGCUGAGAAUCUGCUCCGGUUCCGCUCCGGCGGAACAGAAAUACUUUUGUGAAAAUACAAAGAUUGAGCCGCGGGCGGCGGCUCCCCCGGGUCCUAAAGUCCACUGGAUGAGUGCAAGUGGCGCCAGAGGCAGUGCUGACUGGAAGGAAGUCUUUGUGACCCUGGAUGUGGAAACGGCGAGUCCAUGGCUCGAGGUGUCUGAGGAUCGGAAUAGUGUGAGACGGACCCGGACACCGAGGGGUCUCCCCGACACCGGGAAGAGGUUCACAUACUGGCACUGUGUGCUGGGAUCGGAGGGAUUCACAUCGGGGAGACAUUACUGGGAGGUGGAGGUGGCGGGGAGUCAAUUCCGGGGUCUGGGUGUCGCCGCAGGUUCUGUGGAGGGGAAGGGAACUGUCGAACUGAUCCCGGAAAACGGAUCCUGGAUCAUCGUGCGGGCUGGUAACGAGUUUUAUGUGAACACAUCCCCUCGAUCCAGUCUCCCUGCCAGUCCCAUCCCCGGGAGGCUCCCCGAAAGUGAAGGGAAAGUGAAUCAGGAAGUGCGGGUAGUUAACAUGGCUUCGAAAGGCCAGGUCGAGAGUUUAACCGAGGAGGCAAUUUGUCCCAUCUGCCUGGAUUUCUUCGCCGAUCCGGUUAUACUGGAGUGUGGACACAACUUCUGCCGCUCCUGUAUCACACGGUGUUGGGAAAGGGAGGAGAGAAAUUCCUGCCCGGAAUGUAGAGAGGUGUUUGCCGACCGCACCCUCAGGGUAAAUCGGGCCUUAACAAGUCUGUCUGAGAAACUUCGAAAAUUAAGCUUGAAUCCGAAAGAGAAGGAAAGUCAACUUCACUGCGAGGAACAUGAGGAAGAACUGAAGCUGUUUUGUGAAACGGACAAGAAACUGAUCUGUCUGGUUUGUGGAGAUGCGCGGGAACACAGAGAGCACCGCUUCCUGCCGAUUAAAGAAGCUGCUGAAAUGUACAAGGAUCAGAUUAAAUCUUCCUUAGAAUCUCUCACAAAAAUGAAAUCAGACUUGCAGGAAAUGGAGCAACAACAGAAAGAGAAGAUCUCCGGAGUUCGGGAACAAUCACACAGCCUUCAGUUCCAGAUAACAUCUCAAUUUGCUGAACUGCACCAGAUUCUCACUGAGAAGGAGCAGCGCUUACUCAGAGAUCUCAGGGAAGAAGAGGAGAAGAUUCUAAAUCCAAUGGAGAAAAAUCUUCAAGAGAUUCAAGAGAAUUUAAAUUCUAUUCAGGAGAAACUCUCAAAAUUACAGGAACGGAUGAAUGAAGAAGACAGCUUGAUAUUUCUCAAGGAGGAGGCUCGUCGGAAGAGGAGGAUCAAUGACGAUGAGCAGGCGUUGCCUGUGACUGAUGGUGCCCUACCGGUUGAAAAAUUCGAUCACCCCUUUUUGUUGAAUACAGCGUUGAGGAAAAUGUUUUAUACAAUUAAGCGAGUCUCUGUGACCCUGGAUGUGGGAACGGCGCGUCCGGAGCUCGAGGUGUCUGAGGAUCGGAAGAGUGUGAGAUGGACCCGGACCCGGAGGGAACUCCCCGACACCGCGAAGAGGCUCAAAGACUGGUCCUGUGUGCUGGCAUCGGAGGGAGUCACAUCGGGGAGACAUUACUGGGAGGUCGGGGUGGCGGGGAACAGGGGCUGGACUCUGGGAGUCGCCGCAGAGUCUGUGGAGAGGAAGGGAAGGGUCGGACUGAUCCCGCAGAACGGAUUCUGGACCAUCGGGCGUUAUGGUGACGAGGUCUAUGUGAACACCUCCCCUGGAAUCCGUCUCCCUGCCGGUCCCAUCCCCGGGAGGGUGGGAGUUUAUCUCAGUUACGGGUCAGGGAUAGUUUCAUUUUACAGCGCUGACACCAAGUCCCAUCUCCACACCUUCACUGGGAAUAAAUUCACCGAGAAACUUUAUCCUUUAUUCGGGGCUGAGGAUGGAAACCGGUGGCUCAGAAUCUCCUCCGGUUCCGCUCCGGGUCUGUAACAGGGUCGGGUCCCAGGAUCGGCGUCAGGAGGAAGUCGAUGUAAAUAUAAAUGUGGGGAGAGU